AUGAGGGUUGUCGUGCCUCCCCCAGGCCGCUCACAGAUCAUGGAGGAAGUGCAUGAGACACAUCCAAGUGUGUCUAGGAUGAAAAGUCUUGCAAGAUCCUAUGUCUUGUGGCCGAGAAUGGAUUUAGACCUGGAAAACAAGGUAAAAUCAUGCUCACAGUGUCAGGCCAAUCAGAAAAUGUUGCCACCAGCUCCCUUGCAUCCAUGGGAGUGGCCAGACCGUCCCUGGUCUAGAUUACAUCUGGACUUUGCAGGGCCCUUCAUGGGCCAGAUGUUUCUUGUCAUGGUCGAUGCCCACUCUAAGUGGAUAGAAUAUCAUAUCAUGGGCAACAUAACAGCUCCCUCAACCAUUGAGAAACUCAGACAAGUGUUUGCAGUUCAUGGUCUACCUGACACCCUAGUCACAGACAACGGUCCAACCUUCACAAGUGAGCUGUUCAGUGACUUCAUGCAGCAGAAUGGGAUCCGUCACAUUUGCACAGCUCCUUUCCAUCCAGCAUCGAAUGGACUGGCUGAAUGUGCUGUCCAGACCGUGAAGGAAGGGUUGAAGCGCAUUACAGGUGAUUCUCUGUGUACUAGACUCUCACGUUUCCUGUUCAAGUACCGCCUCAUACCUCAGACCACCACUGCACGUACACCAGCAGAGAUGUUGAUGGGCCGUAGGCCUAAGUCAAGGCUGGAUCUGCUUUGCCCUGACCUGAAAGCAAAGGUAGCGAGAAAGCAAGAAAAGCAGAAGGAGAGGCACGAUCUUCAUGAAAGAGAGAGACUGCUGAAACCAGGUGACAAUGUCUUUGUCAAGAAUUUCUGCAGUAACUCCAAGCAGCAAUGGCUUCCUGGGGUUAUCCUGACACAGAAUGGUCCCGUCUCCUACGUCAUCAAGCUGACAGAUGGACGAGUGUUCCGCAGGCAUCAGGACCACAUGCGACGGCGUCAUGAUACAGGCCCAGAGACUGUCAGCACUGCAGAGUUGCCACUGGUGACUCCUGGAGGAGCCACUCAGGCAGAGGAAUUGCCAACGGAGGUAUCUGUGCCACCAGCAGAGACUGGACAGUCACACACCGACACACAGACACCACAGACCCCUGUGGUGACCGCAGCACAGGAGUCUCCCAAAGCUCUGACGCCUGUGGUGACUGCUAUUCCGCAGGAGAUCACAGCGUGCUCGAAAGGCUCCUGA